AUUUUGAUGUACGUGUCUACAAAUAUAGUAAUUAUCAACUAAAAGUAGAAAGAUUCAGUGCCUAAUGACAUUUAUGUGAUAGCCAUUAAAAAAAACUCAAGUCUAUUAAAUUCCAAAUAUACCCUUCUUCUCUUUCUUCUUCCUUCAAAUUUUCAACUUCUCUCUUUCAAGUUUCAACAAACAAUAUCAAUGGCGAAUUCAGAGUCCUCCUCCUCACCAGUAAACGAAGAAGAGAACAGCCAGAGAAUCUCAACACUCCAUCACCAAACCAUGCCUUCCGAUUUAACUCAAGACGAAUUCACCCAACUCUCCCAAUCAAUCGCCGAGUUCCACACGUACCAACUCGGUAACGGCCGUUGCUCAUCUCUCCUAGCUCAGCGAAUCCACGCGCCGCCGGAAACAGUAUGGUCCGUGGUGAGACGUUUCGAUAGGCCACAGAUUUACAAACACUUCAUCAAAAGCUGUAACGUGAGUGAAGAUUUCGAGAUGCGAGUGGGAUGCACGCGCGACGUGAACGUGAUAAGUGGAUUACCGGCGAAUACGUCUCGAGAGAGAUUAGAUCUGUUGGACGAUGAUCGGAGAGUGACUGGGUUUAGUAUAACCGGUGGUGAACAUAGGCUGAGGAAUUAUAAAUCGGUUACGACGGUUCAUAGAUUUGAGAAAGAAGAAGAAGAAGAAAGGAUCUGGACCGUUGUUUUGGAAUCUUAUGUUGUUGAUGUACCGGAAGGUAAUUCGGAGGAAGAUACGAGAUUGUUUGCUGAUACGGUUAUUAGAUUGAAUCUUCAGAAACUUGCUUCGAUCACUGAAGCUAUGAACCGGAACAACAACAACAACAACUCUUCUCAGGUUAGGUAAUGAUGAAAUUUGGGGGAAAGAAAAAUGUUUCUAAAUUGGGGGAGUUUUAAUUUUUAUUUUGAUUUGUAAAACGUUUUUUUUCUUCUCUUGAAUUGUAAUUUCCUUGUUUGAUUUUAUGGUUAUGUUUUAUUUUUUAAAAAAAAUCAGUCUCCUGGAUAAUUGGAAUGGUCGAGAUAGGUUAAAUUUAAUAACAUACUUGUUAUAUCAUAGAAUUAGGAAUGAUAACAUACUAAUUAUAGUAGUUCGUUUAUUCAAUUGGUUGACAAGAUAAAUUAUACAGGAAUGAUAACAUACUAAUUAUAGUAGUUAGUUUUCUUUAACUGUUGUGUAGAUUGUACUAUUUUGUAGGUUAUUAGUAUUCUUGUUUUAUUCAAUUUUUGUAUUUGAAAUGAUAUAUGCAUGGAAUAGAUUUCUAGGUCAGAUGGAAAAAUAAUGAUAUUUUUUUUGUUCUUCGAUACAUAUUUAUUUAUAGCGUAUGUUUUAAUAUAGUGUUGUGUGUAGUAACUUUUCAUAAUAAAACGAA